GAUGCUUGCCUUGGAGACUGUCUUCCAAGUGAACCCAUUAUAAUCAAAGAGCUUAUCUUGGUCAAAUCAGACUUUCCACAACAACAAAUCGGAGAAUGAAGCUCAAAAUCCAUCAAACUUCUCACUGUAAUCUCUUCAAUUCCAGUCCCAUCUCACCUCCAGCAAGACCUAAUCCGGCACACAUAUCAUCCCCACUCCAAUUCCAACCCGAGGAAGCCGAGAAGAAGACGAAGAUCGAGCUGAGAGUCUGUACAAACAGGGCGUGCAGAAGACAGGGCUCGCUCGAAUCCCUUCGGGUCCUGUCCGGAAUCGCUCCGCCUCACGUCGCCGUCGCCGCCGGCGGCUGCCUCGGGAAAUGCGGCGCCGGGCCGAACCUCGUCGUCUUGCCAGAUGCGGUGCUUGUCAAGCACUGCGGCACCCCCGCUCGCGCUGCCGAAACGAUGUCGUUCCUCUGCCUCGGCCCGGACUGUGGGGGGACACUGGGAAUGAGAGUAGGAAGUGUUUGGAUGCACUGGUUUUGAGGAAGGGAGCUGAGGAUGAGAUGGCCAUGGGUAAAUUUGCAGAGGCAUGCCAUUUACUGUGUCAGGGAUAUAUAUGCCAAGGGGAUGCUUUCAUGGCUAUGGGGCAGAUUGAUGCUGCUGAGAAUUCAUAUGCAAUGGCUUUGCAUAUAGACCCCUCCAUCCGUCGUACAAAACCAUGUUCGGAUUGCUGAGGUCAAGGAGAAAAUUUGAGUCCCCAAAUUUGACAUAUUCUCAUACUCUAUUUGGUUUGAAUAAGGUAAAAAAAUAUGUAUAGAAGAGUUUUUAGUGGCAUGUGGUUCAUCAUCUCCAAAUUUAUGUGUAAAAUCAUCCGACUUUAAUACUCUCUAUGUUCUAAUGUGUUUGUUCAAUUUAACUUUUUCGAGCCAAACAGUGUGAACUUUGAGCUUCAAUUAAACAAAAACUGUAAUGUCUA